AUGCGCAACAUGGCAAGCGGUAGUGGAACCUCCCCGAAAGGCAUUGCUGCUAUUGUCGGCGUCGGACCUAAACUGGGCCGCUCCAUUGCUCGGAAAUUUUCCCAGGAAGGCUACACCGUUGCCAUCCUUUCCCGAGAUUUAGGAAGAUUGUCUAGAUUCGCGGAGGAGAUAGCUAGAGAGGCAAAGGCUCAAGUUUUCGCCAUUAAAAUCGAUUGCUCCGACUCACAAAGUAUUCGAGAAGCAUUUGAAGGUGUUCUUUCACUUGGGUUCGUUGAAGUUCUAGUCUAUAACACAUACCAACAACAACAACAACAACCAGUCUCCUUUAUCUCAUCACCAUCACCAUCAUCUUCAUCCUCAUCUUCUUCAGUUACGAAUAAGAUAUCAAACAGUCAACUUUAUCCAACUAGUUUCAUAUAUGUUCGCAUUGAUUCUUUUGAAAAAUCUCUUGUUGUCUCUACCGUUGGUGCUUUCCAUUGUGCUCAGCAGGUGUUGCCUGGGAUGGUAGAGAGAAAGAGAGGGACCAUCCUCUUCACUGGCUGUUCUGCUUCUCUUAAUGGCUUUCCUGGUUUCUCUGAAUUAUGUUGUGGGAAGUUCGCUCUAAGAGCAUUAUCACAGUGCCUGGCUAAAGAGGUUCAACCUCUUGGUGUUCACGUCGCACACGUUAUCAUAGACGGUAUCAUCGGUCCCCCCAGAUCCUCAUUAUCACCUUCGAGAUCAAUGUUUGGGGAACAGCAAGUAGGAGAAGGAACGAGCUCGUUAAUGGACCCUGAUGCAUUGGCUCAGACAUAUUGGUAUUUACAUGUUCAAGACCGGAACGUUUGGACUCACGAGAGAGAUCUUAUAUCCUCAAACUCCAACAGUUUUAACAUGUAG